GCUGGUUUCAGCAUUCAGUAACGCGGUCGCGUUCGUCGUGCUUGGUUCGCGCACGUUUUCGGUCGCGGAGCGUGUUUUCUCGCCGCUCAUUAAUUAAAAACGUACACGUUUACAUCGUCCGCAUUUUUGUUUACCUGUUACCUGCCAUUCAAUGGUAACGUUCGCUUCACAUACACGCACACGAUUAUUUUGAGGAUUGCCAUUUUUACCUUUCACCUCGCUUUUGGUACGCACUGGCGCUGGCUGCUUUCUGGACUUUUUUAUUGGGCGAAAAAAACAUAAACAUAAACAAAUAUAAAAUAGUUUUCUAUGUGAUCAAUUUGUGCCAUCGAAGAAAUUUAUAUACGUAAUUAUUGCUUAAUGGUUUCUCAUCUAAGUUAUAUGUUAAUAAAUAAGUGAGGAAAACCACAAAGUUGACCGAAACAUGACUUCGAUGACAAAUAAUGGCUCGACUUUAGAAAUCGCGCAAAGCAAUCAGGAUUUGAUCAUAACGAAGCGGACGAGGAAAAAACGACUAUGGCUGAUUGCCGCCGCCAUUUUGGUGAUCGCCAUCGUGGUGAUUAUCGCCAUUUUCACAUUCGUCGGCAGCGAUAAGACAAGUUUAAGUGCACGAAUAUCUUCAUCCGGUCCUACGAUUUCACUCGAAGAUGUCUUAGGUGGAAAAUUCGGAUCGAAAAGUUUCAAUGCCUCGUGGGUUUCGGGACAUGAAUUGCUCUACAGAAGCAUUGACGAUGGCAGUAUCAUGAUUUACAAUGUUCAAACCAACAACCGAACUGAAAUACUUCCAGGGAAAGCGCCGGUGUUGAAAAGUGCUUUCGAGUACGAAUUAUCACCGGCACAAAUUUUAUUGAUUGCUCAUGAUUAUCAAAAGAUUUAUAGGCAUAGUUACGUUGCGCAGUAUUCCGUGGUGAAUUUAAGUACGAAACAAGUGACCAAAGUGUUGGCGAAUCAAGAACAUGUCCUCCACUACGCCAAAUGGGCGCCCGUAGGUAAUGGUUUAGUCUACGUCGCUCGGUAUAACAUUUUUUACAAAUCCGAAGCAGAUUCGCCAAUGUUUAAGACAUUGACUGUUGACGGAUUAGCCGGACAUAUUUACAAUGGUGUUCCUGAUUGGGUGUAUGAAGAGGAAGUUUUGAGUUCUAAAAGUGCAGCUUGGUUCUCCCCGGAUGGUAAAAGAUUGGUGUAUGCUAAAUUUAAUGAUACUCGAGUGCCAUUGAUGACAAUUCCUCUGUAUGGCACGCCAGGAACUUUGGAAUUUCAAUAUACAAGAGCUAUUCAAAUUAGAUAUCCAAAGCCUGGAACUAAAAAUCCUGAUGUGUCCCUACACAGUGUUAACUUAGAAGAUGAAAAACAAGAAGUUUUGGAACCUCCAAAAACUCUAGGAGCAGAACCCAUCCUUGCAACAGUCACCUGGGCGGAUAAUAUCACAGUCUGUGCGAUUUGGAACAACAGAAUACAAAACGAAGCAGAUAUUAUAACAUAUCAAGUCGAUGGUGAAGAUCAACACGUUACCAAAGUGAGAAAUGUCAAAGAAAAAAGUGGUUGGUUGGAACUUUUCACUCCGCCGAUAUUUGACAAAACCGGAAUGGAAAUGGUUCUUAUAUUAUCCCAGCCCCAGAAAGAUGGCGGCGCCUAUAGACACGUCACUUUAUUAAAUCGUACACCGAAUAAUGUAUCAAUGCUUCCUCUAACAAGCGGAAAGUUUGUGGUGACCGAAAUUUUGAGCUGGGAUCACGAUAAAAAUUUAGUUUAUUAUCAAGCAAAUACUGAAGAAGAUCCAGCUGUCAAACAUGUUUAUUCCGUUCAUGUGCCAUCGAAGAAAGUUGUGUGUGUCACGUGUAAAAUGAUGACAACUGUGAGGAAAACAAAUUGUCUCAUGAAUGACGCCAUGUUCAGCGCAGAUAAUUCUCAUUAUGUGCUGCAAUGUGUCGGUCCUGAUGUACCGGAAAUAGCUAUUAUAAACGCAGAAAAUAAUAAGAAACUUAUGAUUUGGGAAGAGAAUCGAGAUUUGAUUGAUUUGGUACAGGAAAGACAUGUCCCAAUCACAAAACGGAUGACUUUUAAGGUUGAUGAAGGAUUUACAGCGCAGGUCAUGCUUAAAUUGCCUCCUAAUAUCGAUAUGUCUGGAAAAACUAAAUAUCCUAUGUUAAUUAAUGUAUAUGGCGGACCAAAUUCAUUCCAAGUCGUAGAAAAGUUUAACCUCGAUUGGGGCAGUUAUCUCGCCGCGAACAAGAGCAUAAUUUACGCGUUCAUCGACGCGAGGGGUUCCGGUUUAAAAGGGGACGCCAUGUUGUUCUCCAUCUACAACAAAUUGGGCACAAAGGAGGUGAUCGAUCAGAUCAACGUCACAAGACAAAUACAGGCAGCGCUGCCUUACGUGGAUAGUAAUCGGACAGGAAUCUGGGGUUGGAGUUAUGGCGGCUAUGCUUCCGGUAUGGCGUUGGCGCAAGACAAAGGCGGCGUAUUCAAGUGUGGCAUUUCUGUGGCGCCUGUAACCGACUGGAUUCUUUAUGAUUCGAUUUACACGGAGCGUUUCAUGGGUUUACCGCAGGUUAAUCCAGAAGCGUAUUACAAAGCGCAGCUGAUGAAUAAAUACGAAGGGUUGCGUGAUAAGAUGUAUUAUUUGAUUCACGGUACACUGGAUGAUAAUGUACAUUAUCAACAGUCGAUGUUAUGGUCAAGAGUACUCGAAGAGCAGGAUAUUCUAUUCAGACAGCAGAGUUAUUCUGAUGAAGAUCAUAGUCUUGCUUCAGUUCGCCCACAUUUAUAUCACUCUCUGGAGCGUUUCCUGGAUGAAUGUUUUAGUUUAUAAACAAAACAAAACAAAACAAACAAUCUUACUAUGCGUAUUGUCGUAAUAUAUUUAUGUACAUAAGAUUUUAAAGGAUAAUUAUAUGUUAUUUUUGUUAAUAAAUGGCGUAUUAAAAA